CGUAUAGGAAAUUCAUGGAUCUUUUAAAAGCACGUCGUAUAUAGCACUCAAGGUCUAAUACCCACAACAAAUUUUAGUCUAAUUUACACAUUAAAGCUGAGAACAACCGAAAACAGCGAGGUGAGACCAUGUUAACGCCUGAUUGUUAACCGUACUCGAGAAAUAACUACGAUUUGUUUAUCUUUCGAAUUUGUAUUCGAUACUCCACUGAUAUGAUUAGGAAAGAUAAUAAGCCAAACUGAAGAUAAGGAUAGUUGAGUGCUGAAAAAAUGGGAGACGAUGCUGUUGUGAAAGAGUUUGAAGUAUUCAAAGAGGCUAUGCGGGAGGAAAAUUUAGAGGUACAGCUUGAAAUAACAAAGAAACUUGGAAUUCUGGCGAAACAUUUAGGCGCAGAAACUACAAGAAACGAAUUGUUGCCCUUCAUCAAAGAAAACAUAGACUUCCACGAUGAGAUCUUACUGAACCUAUCGGAACAACUCAGACAAUUCAUACCUCUGGUUGGCGGCUAUCAACAUUCCCAACCGAUCUUGGAGGUGUUGAUUAAGCUUUGCAAAACGGACGAAACUAUAGUGAGGGAUAAGGCUGUGGAGAUAUUGAAAGACAUCGGAGAAAAUCUGAGUGGUGAGUUGACGCAGGAGCUGUUUGUGCCGGUUGUCGAAACAUUGGCCAACGAAGACUGGUUUACGAGUAAAUGUUCUGCAGCUGCUUUGUACUCGACAAUCUACUCUAAGGUAAGCGAUGAAAAAAAAUUCGAAUUGAGAAAUAGUUUCCGGAUGCUGAUCCAAGAUGAUUCUCCUAUAGUGCGAAAAGUUGCUGCAAUUAAUUUACUAGAACUCAUCGACAUUAUGGACAAAGACACUGUGAAGAACGAAUUUAUUCCCGUCUUCGAUAACAUUGUCAAUGACGCUAUGGAUUCUGUACGGGUAUUCGCUGUAGAUGUAGCUCUUGCGUUAGCCAAAAAGCUAACAGAGAAGGAGAUAGAUGAGUUUAUAUUUAAAACUAUUGAAACUUGGGCUGACAAUCCUUCUUGGAGAAUCCGACAGCGACUAGCAUACUACAUAGCGGAGUUACAACGAGUAAUCCCAUUCGGUAAAACAAGGGGGAAAAUUUUGGCACUGUUCCAGAAACUCGUCAAAGAUACGGAACCAGAAGUCCGGAUAGUGGUAGCGAAAAAUCUCUUCGACUACUCCAAAAAUUUACAGGAAACGUAUAAGAACCAGCCGAAAUUCGAAGACAACUUCGAACCAGUUUUCCAGCAGAGCGUUAUGCCCCAAAUUCAUCUUCUUAUAAACGAUCCAAGUCAUGAAGUCAAACUGGCCUUGUCUUCAAAUAUCCUGGCUUUAAGUUCGCUCCUCAGAGAAGAAUGUUUCCGGAAGAAUAUUCUGCCUUUGCUGGUGGAUGUUCUGGAGAACGAGACUUCCAUGCCCAUCCAAGCCAACAUGUUGCAGAAUUUGAACUGCUUGCCCACCAAUGUAGACCUAACAUUAUCAAUGCAUUCCAUUAAGAAUGUCGUUAGGUCACUUAUUAUUAAUUCACAGUCGCAUUGGAGGACGAGGAGGAGCAUCUUCGUGGCAUUUAUGCACAUCGCAAAGUUUUCUUCCAAAGAAUAUUUUGCGGAAAAUUUAAAAAUCUUCUACGCGGCUUUACUAGGAGACCCAGUCUUCGCCAUACGAAGAACAGCACCUAUAAUAUUACCUCUAUUAGCGAAACAGUAUGGAAUCAGUUGGACCUCCGAAAAUAUCAUACCAUACUUCAACAUGUUCACAAAAGACUGCAGGUAUUUGUACAGAUUCGUACCCAUGUUUGGUAUAAUGGAAUUGAUCAGUCCGUCCCUAGAUUGCAGUAGCAGUGAGAGUGGUGAUAAAUACCUGAAGGAUUUGAAAAUACUUGCUGUAAGUACAAACAGCGAAGUGAAGAAAGGCGCCAUAAAAAUACUAGCAAAGAUAUCCAUUAUGCUUGAAAAGCUGAACAAAAAACUAGAGGAUCAGAAAUAUAAAGAUAUACUCGCACUGAAUGAGUAUAUAUGUGAUUUCAAGAACGAUACCAUUGAUCUGUAUGCUGGAGAAACUAUGGAUGUGCUGAAAGUUGACAAUAACUGUGACAUAUUCUCCGUUAAAGAAGACGCUAUUCUGAAGAAUCACCCGACCUACAUAGAAGGAGUCAUAUCCUUAAUUUUUAGGGAAUUUUUAUUUAUUAUAGAAACUCUUAAUGACGAUCUCAUCGAAAACAUCCAAAUUCGGUCUGUGUACACCUUAAACAAAAUAAAGCAAUUUGUAAAUAAACUAAACGAAGAAUUAAACAAACCGUGGGUCAAGGAAAGCAUUAAACUUUUAAGCAAUGAGGAAAUGAAAAAUAUAGAAAACCAAGUAGACGAAGAAUUAAGUCGCAAAGCAUUCGAAAUCGAAGAAGGAAAGAUUGACACAGAAUUAAUGGAAAACAUCAUUACUCCCAGUGAAGAUACCUUACCUGACUUGGGCAACAUACCAGAAUUGGACGAGGGCAGUGAAAGUUCGGACAAAAGUAAGGAUACCAAAGAGAAAAAUGUAUCAGAUGAGGCCAUGCCGCUUAGGCCUGAAGGUGAUAUCACUAAACGCGAAGAUACGUGUGAGGCAAAGUUAGAGCAGGAAGAUGGUGGACCGAUUUAUCUCAAUUUGCAAACCAACAGUAAUGUUGACGUCACAGGAUAUGUUAGUCCAGAACCAAAAACGGUCCCAGAUAAUCCUAGUACGGGUAACGAUGAAACAAUUUCGAAACCAAAGAAGGAAGACACAAAAGCAGAAGGUGUCAAAGAAGUCAAUAAUAAUAAAGAAGUUAAAACCGAUGAACCUAUGAAUGUUGAUGAGUCUAAUGUUAGUAGCAGUAGUAAACCUAGCCCCUAAAUGUAUUUAAUGAUAUUAAUAAAUGUUAAAAUAUA